AUGCCGUCCGUGUCCACGGUCUUUCACCCCCGCGAGCACGAGUCGUAUACGCCAUGGAGCGGCGCGCUGCCGCCGCGCGCGUUCACUCAUUCCAGCGCACAGAGGAAAAGCUUGAACGGCGACUGGCGCUUCCGUCUGUCACCCACCGCCGACGGUUCUGUCGCCUUUGCGGAGGAUGUCUACCAGGAAGAAGGCUCCUGGGGCGACAUUCCAGUGCCGUCCCACUGGGCUCUCCAAGGCCACUCGUUCCCUUGGUACACCAACCUCGCCUACCCGUUCCCCGUGAACGCUCCGUUUGUGCCAGACGUCAACCCUACCGGCGACUACAUUACAACAUUUGAGCGUCCAGCAUGGCAGGACGGCAAGGCGAUCCUCCGUUUUGAAGGCGUCGAGUCGUGGUUCAAAGUGUGGCUCAACGGCGUGCCUCUGGGCUGGUCGACGGGCUCUCGUCUCCCAACCGAGUUUGACGCGACUCCCUUCCUCAGGGAGGGCGCCAACAAGCUCGCCGUUCGCGUCGUGCAGUGGAGCGCUGGCAGCUACCUCGAGGACCAGGACCAGUGGUACCUCGCUGGUCUUUUCCGCGACGUGACGCUCGUCCACCGCCCCGCACUUUCCAUCAACGACUUUUUCGUCCAUGCCUCGUACGACCACGUCGAGGGCACUGGCUCAUUCAAGGUCGACAGCGAGGCCGAGGGUGCCCGCGUCACUGUUCCCGAGCUCGGGAUCGACAUUGCGGUCGGCGAAGAGGUCACUGUCCCCGUCGCACCCUGGUCCGCCGAGAUCCCCAGGCUGUACGACGGCGAGCUGGCGGUCCCCAACGGCGAACGCAUCCCGCUGCGCGUCGGCUUCCGUACCGUCAAGAUGGAGGAUGGCCUGCUCAAGGUCAACGGCCGACGUAUCCUGUUCAACGGCGUCAACAGGCACGAGUGGCACCCGGACACUGGACGCACUGUCGACCUCGAGACGAUGAAGAAGGACGUGCUCCUCAUGAAGACGCACAACAUCAAUGCCGUCCGCACAAGCCACUACCCGCCGCACCCGGACUUUCUCGCCCUGUGUGAUCAGUACGGCCUGUGGGUCGUGGACGAGGGCGAUUAUGAGAACCCGUCCGAGACGGCCGAGUGGACCGAGGCGAUGCUCAACCGCACCGAGCGCAUGGUCGAGCGCGACAAGAACCACCCGUCCAUCAUCAUCUGGUCGCUGGGUAACGAGGCCGGCAUGGCUCACCCUGGCGGGUGCGAUAACAUUGCCGCCAUGUCCCAGUGGAUCCGCAAGCGCGACCCGUCGCGUGCCAUCCACUACGAGGGCGACUGGACCUGCCGCGACACGGACAUGUUCACCCACAUGUACACGUGGUACUCCAAGGUCGAGGAGAUUGGCAAGGGCACCGAGGCGUUUGAGGCAUGGGGAUACCCGAUUGUCCAGGCCAAGGACCUGGAAAAGGACGACCACGACCGCCUCAAGGCCGCGCGCGACAACAAGCCGUUCAUCCUCAUCGAGUACGGGCACGCCAUGGGUAACGGCCCCGGUGGCAUGAGAGAGUACCAGGACCUGUUUGAAAAGUAUCCUCGUCUCCAAGGCGGCUUUGUGUGGGAGUGGAUCGACCACGGUAUUGCGAAAAAGGACAAGAACGGUACGCGUUACUAUGGCUACGGCGGCGACUUUGGUGAGCCAUCGCGCCCAGGAGACACCCAUGGCGUGUGUGACGGUCUCAUCUUCCCGGACCGCAACCCCAGCCCCGGCCUCAUCGAGUACAAGAACAUUAUCACCCCGGUUGUCAUCACAGGCGAGGACGGCAAGAUCACUGUGCGCAGCAAGUAUGCGUUUGCCGACACUGCCCACCUCGCCUUCAGGUGGCGUCUGGAGCGGGACGGUGUCCUCGUCAAGCAAGGUACCCUUGACGUGCCCCCUGUCGCGGCAGGCAAGAGCACCACCGUGUCCCUUCCCAACGUCGAGUUCCCGGCCGGCGGCGAGGUGUUCUGGACCGUGACGGCUUCGCUCGCGGCAGACACCAACUGGGCCAAGGCUGGGCACGAGAUUGCGUGGGGCCAGGUCCGCGCUGCGGACCCACCCACGGCCAACGGCUACCACGAGGGCGUCUCGCCCGUCAUCAAUGUCGACGGCUCCAUUACCCUUGGUCCCGCCACGUUUACUGCCCGCGGCCAGCUCGUCUCGCUCGGAGACAUGCCCGUCGAGGGCGGCCAGCUGGACGUGUGGCGCGCCCCGACCGACAACGACAGCGGCGGCGAGAUCUCGGCGACCUGGCCCGAGAUUGCAAAGGUCACGCGGGACGCAUGGAAGCAUGCGGGCCUGAACGCGAUGGAACACCGUCUGGACCAGAUCACCGUCUCGGACUCGAGCAUCGAGGUCGUCACCCGCGUCGCCGCGUGUCUCCUUGACCGCGGCCUCGCCACCGUGUACACGUACACGGCCGACGGGACCGGCCUGCGCGUCCACGUCGCCGUCACCCCCGAGGGGUCGUGGGACGACCUCCCGCUCCCGCGCCUGGGCGUGCAGUACGCUUUCCCGGCAUCGCUCGCGCACGUCAAGUGGUUUGGCUGCGGGCCCGGCGAGGCGUACCCGGACACGCGCGCCGGUGCGCGCGUCGGCGCGUUUGAGAACACCAUUGACGGCUUGCAGACGCCCUACGUCAUGCCCCAGGACAACGGCACGCGCAUGGACGUGCGCUCCGCCGAGCUCGCGUCCGACGCUGGCGAGGGCCUGCGCAUCGACGGCUCGCCCGUCUUCCACCUGACCGCGCGCCGGUGGACGCACGCCGACCUCGAGGCGGCCAAGCACACCGUCGACCUCGUGCCCCGCGAUAAGGUCUGGGUCAACGUCGACCACGCCGUCAACGGUAUUGGCUCUGCGUCCUGCGGGCCCAUGGCGCAGGAGCAGUACCGCGUCAGCCUCGUCGAGGGCCACACGGUCGAGUUUGCAUUCGCCCUCCGUCCCCUAUAG